AUGGCCGCAGAAGAAUCUGGAGGAUGGAAGACACGCGCUGCCCCGGUACAGGUACGGGAGGCUGAUCUGCCCUCAUCGCUGCCGCCGCAGACAGGCCUCACAUUUAAUAUCUGGUAUAACAAAUGGUCUCAGGGUUACAGUGGCGAUGCGCGGUUCGUCAACCCCUACAAGCUAGAGCCUGAACUCCACGCUGGGACAACGCGGGGCGAUAAACAGGGACAAAUCUACUUUUGUAUUUAUUUCAGCAAGGGCAUGUGCUGCAUGGGCAAGAAGUGCGAAUACCUGCACCAUGUGCCCGACGAUGAGGAUGUGGCGCGCCUUGUUAUGAAGUCUGAGGUACUCGAUUGCUUUGGACGAGAGAAGUUUGCGCAAUACAGGGAGGAUAUGGGCGGCGUAGGCUCCUUCCGUAAGAAGAACCGGACUUUGUAUGUGGGGGGCCUGUUGGGCGCCCUGAACAACAAAACGCUGAAACCGGCGCAGGUCGAGAGCAGGAUACGCUUUGUGUUUGGCAAGCUGGGCCAGAUAGACCGCAUCCGCUACAUAGAGAGCAAGAACUGCGCGUUUGUCAAGUUCAAGCACCAAACCAACGCUGAGUUUGCCAAGGAAAGCAUGAGCAACCAGACGCUGCUCAUUCCCAGCGACAAGGAGUGGGACCAUCGCAGAGAGGGUACGGGGCUGCUGGUCAAGUGGGCGAAUGACGACCCCAAUCCCGCCGCGCGGAGGAUGGAGGAGGAGGAAGCCAAGCGCGAGUCCCUCAAGGCGAUGCUGCAGCUACUGGAACGGCAAGAUGCAAACGCCAAGCAUGCCCUGGAGGAUGCAAACGAAGACAAGAACGAGCAACGAGGCAAGAUACUGUCAAGCGAAGUGCUCGAGAAACUAAAGAAAAGGAAACUUGCAUCCCCGCCGGCCUCGGAGAAGCCCGCGGUGGCCCUCGUAGCGUACUCUUCCUCUGAUGAGGAGUAG